AUGUUACAUGAUGACAUUCGGUCCGCCGUCUUUGACUCGCGUGAAUUAGCACUGAAGAGCCACCUCUCCAUCCCAGACCCGGAGUUCCUGCCGCUUAUUGCUCAGGUGCCCACCAUCCCCUUGGAAGAUGUGAAGGUACUGCGGGAUAGCCAGAGAAAGUGGAACGCCCAGCGUCGGGAGAGCCUCAAGGAUCGUCUUCCAGCAGAAUCUGCAUAUCGUGUUGAGGAUCACAAGAUUGCUGUUGAAGAUGGAGAAAUUACAGUUCGGUGCCUAACUCCGACCACAGGCGACGCUGAGGAGAGGUUUCCCUUGCUCAUCUGGUUCCACGCAGGAGCCUUCAUUUUCGGAGAUCUGGAUAUGGACGACUACUAUUUGAGAAUAAUGUGCGUCGAACAUCACCUGUCAAUUGUGAACGUCGAUUACAGACUUGCGCCUGAGCACGUCCACCCAAUUCCAUGGGAGGAUGCGUACACUGCCACGAAAUGGGUUGUGAGAAACGGAUCGCUUCUCUCAGCAUCGUUUGAGAAAGGGUUUAUUCUCGGUGGCGGCUCAGCUGGAGCAAGUCUUACAGUGACUGUCGCCUGUCGGGCUCGGGAUGAUCUGUUCUUCAGGGAGACACCCAUUACCGGCCAGGUGCUUCAAAGCCCGUCCUUACUUCACCCUGAUGGUCCCGUGGAAGAGAAAUAUCGCUCUGAGCUGCUUUCCAUGGAACAACACAAGGACGGCCCGCUCUUGACGCGUGACUUAAUAAUCGCAAUGGCUGGUAUGACAAAGCUCCCCAUUUCCGACCCACGUUACACGGUGCUUCUCCAGCCGUCUCACACAGGCAUGCCGCCGAUCUAUAUGCAGGUAGCCGGUAUGGAUCUCUUGCGCGACGAGGAACUCCUGUACGCCAAGCUGUUAGAUCAGGCGGGCGUGGCAACGAGAGUUGAUGUUUAUCCGGGUGUUCCGCACUUCUUUCACUAUUUUUUACCCCAGCUUACCAUAUCUGUCAAAGCAGAUAAGGAUUUGAACAACGGUAUUAGGUGGCUCUUGGGAUUAACUGAUGCGAAGGCUUGA